AUGGGCUGCGGCAUGAGCACAGAGGAGAAGGAGGGGAAGCAGAGGAACGAGGAGAUUGAGAACCAGCUCAAGCGCGACAAGAUGCUCCAGCGCAACGAGAUCAAGAUGCUGUUGCUCGGUGCUGGUGAAUCUGGAAAGUCCACGAUUCUCAAGCAGAUGAAGCUCAUCCACGAGGGUGGCUACUCGCGCGACGAGCGCGAAUCCUUCAAGGAGAUUAUCUUCAGCAACACGGUCCAGUCGAUGCGUGUCAUCCUCGAGGCCAUGGAGUCGCUCGAGCUACCUCUUGACGACCAGCGCGCCGAGUACCACGUCCAGACCAUCUUCAUGCAACCCGCACAAAUCGAAGGCGACAGCCUGCCCCCGGAGGUUGGCAACGCCAUCUCCGUGCUCUGGAAAGACGCGGGCGUGCAGCAGUGCUUCCAGCGCUCGCGCGAAUACCAGCUCAACGACUCAGCGAAAUACUAUUUCGACUCCAUCGACCGUAUUGCGGCCGGCGACUACAUUCCUAACGACCAGGACGUGCUUCGAUCCCGUGUCAAGACCACCGGUAUCACCGAAACUACCUUCAUCAUUGGCGACCUCACAUACCGCAUGUUCGAUGUUGGUGGUCAACGAUCAGAACGAAAGAAGUGGAUACACUGCUUCGAGAACGUCACGACGAUUCUUUUCCUCGUGGCCAUUUCCGAGUAUGACCAGCUGCUGUUCGAAGACGAGACGGUCAACCGUAUGCAGGAAGCAUUGACCCUUUUCGACUCCAUCUGCAACUCGCGGUGGUUUGUAAAGACAUCGAUUAUUCUAUUCUUGAACAAGAUCGAUCGAUUCAAGGAGAAGCUGCCCGUCAGCCCCAUGAAGAACUACUUCCCCGACUACGAGGGUGGCCCAGACUACGCAGCGGCCUGCGACUACAUUCUUAACCGAUUCGUGUCGCUCAACCAGCACGAGACCAAGCAAAUCUACACCCAUUUCACAUGCGCCACGGACACUAUGCAGAUCCGAUUCGUUAUGGCUGCUGUGAAUGACAUCAUAAUCCAGGAGAACCUCCGAUUGUGCGGUCUGAUAUAG